AUGGUGGACCAAGGCAACGGAGGUCACUCCAACCACAACAAUUAUUAUGACGGCCAUUACGUCGAUGGCGCGGCAGAUAACGACUUGUACCAUCAGAAUAAUUAUGCCAACGACCACUACGCUGCGCAGGGUAACCACUACGCCGCACAGGGUGGUGAUCACUACGCCGCGCAAGGCGAACACAACACUGAUGGCUAUUAUGAUGAAGCAGGAUAUUACGAAGCGCAACCCGACAAUCCGUACUACCACGAUGGCGGCUACUAUGAUACCGACAGUCAGUAUGCCAAUGAGUAUGGACAAUACUACACAGAUGGCCCGCAAGACCAUUCUGAAGUCGGCGGCCGUAGCUUUGGCGAUUUCAACAUGGACUAUGCGGCUUCCGAAAGGUCCGUUCCAGAUUCAGGCAUGGGCUACACCGACGAAUUCCCAGCACCAAACGCCGAGCCCUACCCCGCCUGGUCAUCGGACAGUGCGCCCAUCUCCAAAGUGGAAAUCGAGACAAUAUUCAUGGAGUUGGCCGCUAAGCUUGGCUUUCAACGGGAUAGUAUGCGCAACAUGUAUGAUCACCUGAUGGUCAUGCUCGACUCGAGAGCGUCGAGAAUGACCCCCAAUCAGGCACUGCUAUCGCUCCAUGCCGAUUACAUUGGCGGGGAAAAUGCAAACUAUCGGAAGUGGUAUUUUGCAGCAUGUUUUGAUCCUAGCUCCAAAGCUAAAUUAGCCUCCCGCAAGUCAAGAAAGAAAUCCAAGAAAAGCAAAAAAGACAACGACGGCAACGACUUCGACGAUGCCGACAUGGGAGACAUGAUGCCAGAGGAUAAUACCCUGGAGGCAGCCGAGUACCAGUGGAGAAUACGCAUGAGCCGAAUGCUGCCGCAUGACCGUGCGCGACAGAUUGCCCUCUACCUGCUUUGCUGGGGCGAGGCCAAUCAAGUGCGAUUCAUGCCCGAGGCGCUGUGCUUCAUAUUCAAGUGCGCGAAUGACUAUCUCAACUCUCCCGCGGGCCUGGCUUCGGAAGAGCAGCCAGUCGAGGAAUGCACCUUUCUCACCAACAUCAUCACACCCCUGUACCAAUUCAUUCGCGAUCAAAUAUACGAAAUCUCGGAUGGCGUAUACGUGCGACGCGAGAGAGACCACAAGAACAUUAUUGGCUACGACGAUUGCAAUCAGCUUUUUUGGUAUCCUGAAGGCAUCGCCCGAAUCGUUCUGGAGGAUGGCGUUAAGCUUGUCGAUAUCCCCGCCGCAGAGCAGUAUCUCAAGCUGAAGGAUGUCAAGUGGAAGAAGUGCUUCUUCAAGACAUACAAGGAGACACGUUCUUGGAUGCACAUGCUUGUCAAUUUCAAUCGCAUCUGGAUCAUCCACAUCACCAUGUUUUGGUUCUAUACCUCCCACAACGCCCCAACCCUGCUUGUCAAAGGCUAUGAGCAGACAAAGAACCAGCAGCCAACAGGAGCCAAGCAGUUCUCCAUUGUCGGGUUUGGUGGCGCAAUCGCGACGUUGAUACAGAUCUUGGCUACACUUGCCGAAUGGACAUAUGUGCCUCGAAAAUGGCCCGGCAGAAAACAUCUCAAAAGCAGAUUUAUGAUCCUCAUUUUCAUGCUCAUCCUCACUAUUGCUCCUGGCGUCAAGGUCUUCAUGUUCGCGACCAAAAAGACCGACUCCAUGUACAAGGUUGAUCUGGCAUUGGGCAUCGUGCAGUUUGUCAUUGCAGUGCUUGCGUACAUCUACUUUUCCAUCGUACCGCUCGGGAACCUCUUUGGCAAGUUUUGGAAAAGGAGCUCCGGAUCCCAAGCCAACCAUGUUUUUACGGCGAGCUUUCCAGGACUUUCCUUCAACGCCCGCGCCACCUCACUUUUCCUUUGGGCCACCGUUUUCGGCAUCAAGUUUGGUGUCUCCUACAAGUUUUUGACGCUGUCGUACCGGGAUGUCAUCCGCUAUCUACAGCUUGCCAAAGUGACUUGCAGCGGUGAUCACAUGUUCACGGGAGCCACUGAUGUACUAUGCAAGUACCAAAACGUUAUCUUGAUCGUCCUCACAGGUGUUACGGAUGUUAUUUUCUUCUUCCUCGAUACGUAUCUCUGGUACGUGCUGGUCAACACCGCGAUUUCGGUGGCGCGCGCUUUCUAUCUCGGCUCGUCCGUCAUGACGCCGUGGCGAAACGUAUUUACACGCCUCCCAAAGCGCAUCUACUCCAAGAUCCUAGCGGCCCCGGAUAUGGAGGUUAAAUACCAGCCCAAAGUCCUCAUUUCGCAGAUUUGGAAUGCGAUCAUCAUCUCCAUGUAUCGAGAGCACAUUCUCGCAAUUAAUCAUGUCCAGAAGCUGCUCUAUUACCAGGUGCCUUCUGAGGACACUGGGAAGCGCACGCUACGGGCUCCCACCUUUUUUGUGUCUCAAGAUGAUAAUUCAUUCAAGGCCGAGUUUUUUCCUGUCAACAGUGAGGCUUCGCGCCGAAUUUCCUUCUUCGCGCAGUCUUUAUCCAUGCCACUGCCAGAUCCAACCCCUGUUGAUGCCAUGCCUACCUUCACAGUAAUGAUUCCCCACUAUAGCGAGAAGAUACUGCUAUCAUUGCGCGAGAUCAUUCGUGAAGAGGACAAAUACUCUAGGGUUACUAUGCUUGAGUACCUCAAACAAUUACAUCCCCAUGAAUGGAAAUGUUUCGUCGAGGACACGAAGACCCUCGCAGAUGAAACUGCAGGAAACGUGAAAACAGAAGCUGAUGGGGAAGGUGAAAGAAAACAGAUUGAUGACCUUCCAUUCUAUUGCAUUGGCUUCAAGUCUUCGUCUCCAGAGUACACGCUUCGCACCCGCAUCUGGGCAUCACUCCGCUCACAGACACUCUACCGCACUGUUUCUGGCUUUAUGAACUAUGCUCGCGCAAUCAAGCUCCUAUAUCGCGUGGAGAAUCCGGAAGAGGUGCAUAAAUUUGGCGGUAAUGCAACUCAACUCGAACAGCAACUCGAGCGCAUGGCGCGACGCAAGUUCAAGUUGUUGUUGUCUAUGCAGCGGUUCAAAAAAUUCAGCAACAUUGAAAUGGAGAAUACAGAAUUCAUGUUACGAGCAUAUCCCGACCUCCAGAUUGCCUAUUUGGAUGAAGAAGCGCCUGAGUUGGAGGGAGGGGAGCCUAGAAUAUUUUCGACCCUGAUUGAUGGCCAUUCAGAGAUUAUGGAGAAUGGACAAAGAAGGCCAAAAUUCCGGGUGCAGCUUUCUGGCAAUCCAAUUUUGGGCGACGGAAAGUCCGAUAACCAGAACCAUGCGCUGAUCUUUUAUCGUGGCGAGUACAUUCAGCUUAUCGACGCAAACCAGGAUAACUACCUCGAGGAGUGUCUCAAGAUCCGCAACGUUCUCGCCGAGUUCCAAGAGAUGGAGGUGAGCAAAGAAUCACCUUACUCUGCAAACUUUCAAAGUAAAACCCCAGUGGCAAUUGUUGGCGCUCGCGAGUACAUCUUUUCCGAGAAUAUCGGCAUCCUGGGAGACAUUGCUGCGGGUAAGGAGCAGACAUUUGGCACACUAUUCGCGCGCACAUUGGCACAUAUCGGCGCGAAGCUGCACUACGGCCACCCUGAUUUCCUUAACGGCGUGUUCAUGACGACGCGUGGCGGUGUAUCAAAGGCACAGAAAGGUCUGCACCUGAACGAAGAUAUAUAUGCCGGAAUGACGGCUAUAACCCGCGGUGGUCGAAUCAAGCACUCUGAAUAUUAUCAAUGCGGUAAAGGUCGUGAUCUCGGUUUUGGUUCUGUCCUCAACUUCACGACGAAAAUCGGAACUGGCAUGGGCGAGCAGCUACUGUCCCGUGAGUACUACUAUAUUGGUACACAGAUGUCGCUCGACCGCUUCCUGUCUUUUUACUAUGCGCAUCCAGGAUUUCAUGUGAACAACAUGUUUAUCAUGUUUUCCAUUCAGCUCUUCUUCAUCUGUCUGCUCAAUAUCGGCGCCUUGACUCACGAAACCAUUCCCUGCAACUACAAUCGUCAGAAGCCGAUUACUGACCUGCUACUGCCCAUUGGCUGUGUUAAUACAGACGCUCUAAAAGAUUGGGUCUGGCGUUGUAUCCUGUCCAUCUUCGUCGUCUUCUUCAUCGCCUUUAUACCUUUGGUGGCCCAUGAGAUCAUGGACCGGGGCUUCCUUCGUGCAUGCACACGUUUCUUGAAACAGCUGUUCUCAGUCUCCAUUUUUUUUGAGAUUUUUGCCUGCCAAAUUUACGCCAACGCUGUCGAGCAGGAUAUAUCCUACGGCGGUGCGCGGUACAUCGGCACGGGCCGUGGUUUCGCGACCUCGCGUAUACCCUUUGGCGUGCUCUAUUCGCGGUUUGCAGGCAACGCUAUCUACCUCGGCUUCCGGCUUCUGGCGAUCCUGCUGUUCGCUUCCGUAACUAUCUGGCAGGCUGGGCUGGUAUACUUUUGGAUCUCGGUCCUGGCGUUGACUAUGUCACCUUUCUUCUUCAACCCCCACCAGUUUGCCUGGACGGACUUUUUCAUCGACUACCGCGAGUUUAUUCGCUGGCUGUCCCGCGGUAAUUCGAGGUCGCAUAACUCUUCUUGGAUCGCAUUCUGCCGCCUUUCGCGGACGAGAAUCAUUGGGCACAAGCGCAAGGCUCUGGGAGAAAGAUCGAACACUGGGUCAGACGUUACGCGCCCGCCCUUCCUGAACCUCUUCCUCAGCGAAAUUCUGUCACCUCUAUUCCUUGUUGUGGUCACUCUGAUACCGUACCUCUUCAUCAACGCGCAAACUGGUGUUACUGCGGCCAAAAAUGGUGGCAAAGACCCAGUACCCACUGACUCUCUUAUCCGCGUCCUCAUCAUUGCUGUUGCGCCGGUUGGGGUGAAUCUGGCUGUACUUGCCGCCAUGUUUGGCAUGGCUUGCUGCAUGGGUCCCGUCUUGAGUAUGUGCUGCAAGAAAUUUGGUUCCGUGUUGGCCGCCAUCGCCCACGGCGUCGCUGUCGUCAUCAUGCUGGUUUUGUUCGAGGCCAUGCUCGUUUUAGAAAGUUUCAACUUUGCGCGUAGCUUGGCAGGACUCGUCGCUGUCAUCGCUAUCCAGCGAUUCGUCAUUAAGCUCAUCGUCACGUUGGCGCUCACGCGAGAGUUCAAGACAGAUCAAUCCAAUCUUGCCUUUUGGACGGGCAAGUGGUACUCCAUGGGGUGGCAUUCCCUGUCUCAGCCCGCUCGUGAGUUGCUUUGCAAGGUGGUCGAGCUGAGCAUGUUUGCGGCUGACUUUAUUGCUGGGCACUGGCUGCUCUUCCUCAUGUUUCCGCUGCUGAUAAUCCCGAAAAUUGACACUCUGCACUCUAUGAUUUUGUUUUGGCUUUUACCGAGUCGCCAGAUUCGCCCACCCAUAUACUCUAUGAAGCAGUCCAAACUCCGAAAAAGACAGGUAGUUCGAUUCGCCGCCUUGUACUUUUUCCUCUUGAUUGUCUUUGUUGGCAUGAUUGCGGGACCAAUCGCGUACAGUAACUCCCAGAAGAACAUCUCAUUUUUGGACAAAAUACCGAAACUUGGAGGCUUUAUACUUGUACAGCCAAACCACCAAAACAACAACAAUACGUCCAACGAUACCACCCGGGCCACCGCCUCGGCUACACCAUCAUAA